GCGUGCGUGGCAGGGCGCGGCGGGAGAGGAGCGGAGCAGGACAGGGACAGAGACACGGGCAUGGAUGCAGGCGAGGGGCGGGCGCAGCCCCAUCUGGCCGCGCUGGUGCUGGCGCGGGGCGGCAGCAAGGGGAUCCCGCUGAAGAACAUCAAGCUGCUGGCGGGGGUGCCGCUCAUCGGCUGGGUGCUGCGCGCCGCCAUCGACGCCGGUGUCUUCCACAGCAUAUGGGUUUCCACAGACCACGAUGAGAUCGAGAAGGUUGCAAAGCAGUUUGGUGCUCAGGUCCAUCGCAGAAGCCCUGAAGUCUCUCAAGACUCCUCAACUUCUCUAGAAGCCAUCACAGAGUUUCUCAAUCAUCAUCGUGAGGUUGAUAUUGUAGGAAAUAUUCAAGCAACAUCUCCCUGUUUACAUCCCAGCGACCUUAUAAAAGUAGCAGAUCUGAUCCAGAAGGAGGGGUUUGAUUCUGUCUUCUCUGUUGUCAGGCGGCAUCAAUUCAGAUGGAGUGAGGUAAAGAAAGGAGAAAACAAGAUGACAGAACCCCAAAACCUGAAUCCAGCAAAGCGGUACCGGAGGCAAGACUGGCCUGGGGAGCUCUAUGAAAAUGGCUCAUUUUAUUUUGCCAGGAGACAUCUGAUUGAGAAAGGCUAUUUGCAGGGUGGUAAAAUGGCCUAUUACGAAAUGCGUGCAGAGCACAGUGUGGAUAUUGAUAUAGACAUUGACUGGCCUAUUGCAGAGCAGAGAGUGUUGAGCUUUGGAUAUUUUGGCAAAGAGCCGCUAAAAGAGGUGAAGCUCUUGGUUUGCAGUAUUGAUGGAUGCCUGACCGAUGGUCGCAUUUAUGUGACAGAAGAUCACAAGGAAAUGGUCUCCUAUGAUUACAGAGAUACUGUUGGCAUUGAUCUGUUAAAGAAAAGAGGAAUCCAGGUUCGACUCAUCUCUGACAGAGACUGCUCAAAAACACUGUCAGCCAUGCAGCUGGGAUGUGUAGCAAAAGUCAAUGUAACAAAUAAACUGCAGGUUCUGAAGGAUUGGCAGGAAGACAUGGGCUUGAGCUGGAAAGAGGUGGCUUACUUAGGAAAUGAGGAGUCAGAGGUGGAGUGCCUGAAGCAGGCAGGCAUGAGUGGUGUGCCUGCUGAUGCCUGUGCUGCGGCGCAGAAGGCUGCUGGUUACAUCUGUAAGAGCAGAGGUGGCUGUGGAGCUGUGCGGGAGUUUGCAGAACACAUAUUCCUGCUCUUAGAGAAAGUGAACUCUGCAAGGAAGCAACUGGAAGAAGUCAGCUCAGUAGGGAAGGAAAUGGGAAGAAAUGAAAACAGCAGGAAAGGAAAUAAGGAACUGAUGGAAAAAGAGUAAUGCCGUUGGUCUCACAUUCAUGAUUGUAUGCUGAAAAUAUGAUCAUCUCCAUGAUGAUUUUAAAAGCCAUUUAAGUGCAAUGGGAAGAAUGCUACAAAAGAGAGUUUCCUGGAAAUCUACUCUUAAUCAUCACACCUGUCCUGCAGGAAUGAUGCAUCUUUAUUUCAUAAUCUGAAUGUUUUCAGGGAUCAAUGAUUUUGCAUGACUUGAAAAUUUGUAAUUCAGGCUCAGAAAAACCAAAACUUCUGUCAGUUUUGCUCAUGUGGUUUGCAUUUCUUUUAUGAAAUGCAUGGUGUUGUGGUUGUGGGAUUACAUUUUACAGGCUUUGUCCUUAGCAAGGAAGAGUUUUAACAUAUGCUGGAGAUGUCCGGUUUAAAAUACUAUCAAUAAAACUUCCUCCUCUAUUUUUAAAAUACAACACAAUUACUGUAAAACAAUUUAAUAUUUGUUUAAAAAAGCACUUUAGCAUGUGUUCAGUUUUGAGCUUAUAAAUAAUUAAAUCACAUUUGGAAUUGUGCCUCUUGGAAUCUGUUUAUUUUGGGUUUUAUUGAAGUGCCUAACUUAAUAUUUUGCCAAAUUUGGAGUUAAAUUUCCUGUUGUCUUUGAGAUCUUUGCAGAACCUCAGUUUCUUUCUAUGAAGACUUUAUUGCAACAUCAAGUGAAUUAAAGCCAAAUUAAAGUCUUUAUGUUUAUUGUAUGAAAAGUAGCUGCUGUUUUUAGAAAAAAAAAAGGAAACACCAAACCAUGGUUGAUGUGGGUUUAUAAAAAAUAUAUAAACAGAGUACUUUUAGCAUGUUAAAGCUCACAUGCUUGUAUUUAUUGAAAGUAGGAUUUGUAUUGUACAUUACAAAUACAGUAAUAUGUAUCAGAGUCAAAUUCUGGUUUGGGGUAUGCUAAAAAAUACAAAUACCCAUGGUACACAGGCAAUUACAAGUUACAUAAAUGAUAAUUGCUUAUUAUUUUAUUUUGCUUCUCUGCUAAAUAUUGUAUUGUGUAAAUAGUUAUACUCCUAGUAUAUCACCUGAUACAUUGACCUCAGAUAAACUUUGUGUUUACUUCCUUUCACAACGCAAAAUGUUGAAAUUAUUUACUGCCUAUCUACAGUUUACUGUACUAAUCAGCUCUAAGUCACCUAAAUUUAAGUGUCUCCUUUCAGUCACGCCAUAGGGUUCCUGUGCUGGAUAAAUCCCAUGGACUUCGAUGAGAGGAGAGCUGCAUUUUGGACAUCAGUGUUUUCACUUCGAUGGCUUCUUGUUUAGGAGAACAUGGUAUAAUCUUUCAUUGGGAAGAAUAUGAAGGAUAAAAGCUCUAGAGACUGUUUACCAAAAAAGAUACAGGAUAUGCAGGAUCUGCUGCCGGAAAGGUUCAAAUUUGUAUUGCCAACAUUGUAGUGGAAAGCCUAAUUACAGAGUAGGAAGAGGGAUGCCUUAAUCACUCCUCUUGAUUUUAUAGAAGAGCCUCAAUCAUAUGAAGGAUUUAGGGGUCAGAGAGGCAGAGACAGUGAGGGUAAGUCUGUCACCUUAGAGGUGAAAUCCUAAGUCCCAGGAAAGGUUCAAAUAUGUAGAAUAUUUUUCCAAGGCCUGCUCCAGUACAUGUGACACCACAACUGCCUUUGAUUAGAGGGGCAUUACUCAUUCAGAGUAUCUUUCAGUGGUCACUUUUGUAAUUCUAAGCUAAUUUUAAGAUCAUCUUUUGGCCAUGUGAGUGCUUGGUUUUUUUGCUUUAAUUAAACUAAAGUAUUCUAAAGAAGAUCUUAGAUAAUGUGGGCUGUUCAGUCAUGAUUAUGU